AUGAUUUCAGGAUUUAAUGGAGAAAACGAACAUGACAUUGCCAUAGUUGGUGGAGGAAUUGGUGGGCUUGCUACUGCUAUAGCUCUUCACAGGAAAGGAUUCAAAGAUGUGGCGGUAUACGAAAAAUCCGACUGUCUCAGAGCAGGGGGGACUGCAAUAAGUAUCUCGGCUAAUGGAUGGAGGGCACUUGAUCAACUUGGUGUCGGAGAUCAUCUUAGAGACAAGGCGAAUCUUAUUCAAGGAAGACAAGAAGUGCUCUUAGAUCAAAACAGGGUUCAAAAUCUGCCAUUCUGGUCAGGGGAAGUUCGUUGCCUGAAAAGAAGUGACUUAAUCAAUGCCCUUGCUGAUGCUUUGCCAUCAAACACCACACGAUUUAACUGCGAUCUUGUGUCUGUUCAAGUUGUGGUUGGAUGUGAUGGAUCGAAUUCUGAAGUGGCAAAUUUUGUUGGGCUAAAACCUGCAUCAUUGUGUUCUCUUGGUUCAAUCAGAGGUUUGACGAAUUACCCAAAUGGUCAUCCUUUCCCUCCUCAGUUUACAGUAACCAAGAGAAAUAAGGCAGACGGAAAACUUUUUGGUCGAUUCCCUAUUGACGAUAAGUUAGUAUAUUGGUUUAUUUACAUACCAAUAUCUCCGAAAGACGGGAAAUUCCCAGAUGAUCUAGAACUCAUGAAGCAGGCAACCUUGAGACAAAUAGAGGGUUAUCCAGCAAAUGAAAUAGAAAUGGUUGAGAAAUGCGAGGUAGACUCGCUGUCUUUCACGCGGCUGAGAUACCGGCAUCCAUGGGAGAUUCUAGUUGGCAAGUUUCGCAAAGGAUCAGUGACUGUACUCGGGGAUGCAAUGCACGUGAUGGGUCCAUUUCUAGGGCAGGGUGGCUCGGCAACCUUAGAAGACGCCGUGGUUCUGGCAAGAAACAUGGCGCGAAAGAUCGGCAUCUUGAAUCAUAAAUCUGGGGCGAGAGGUAAACUGAUCACGAGUCAGAAGAAGAUUGAGGAAGCACUUUAUCAUUACGUCAAAGAGAGGAAGAUGAGGAUAAUGCUAUUGGCAACAAAUACUUACAUUAUUGGUUUGCUGACAGGACCAACUCCACUUGUGGCAAAACUUAUUGCCUUGAUGGUAUUGUGGGUGUUGUUCAAGGAUCCUGCUAGUUACGACUGUGGCAAAUUGUGA